AUGAGGAAACGAGAUUUAGCGAUCCUUAUGCUCUCCGCCUUCGCCAUAUUCUUCUCUCUUCAGCACGAGGGAGAUUUCUCGUUUAGAGAAGCGUGGUUUCAUUUAUCCGAUGAACAUCCGAUCAAAUACGAAGCGGAGCGUCUCCCUCCACCUAUCGUCGCCGAUCUAAAUGGUGAUGGAAAGAAAGAAAUCCUCGUCGCCACUCGCGAUGCCAGAAUUGAGGUAUUGGAGCCACAUGCGCGGCGUGUGGAUGAGGGGUUCAGUGAAGCGCGUUUGCUGGCAGAAGUUUCCUUGUUGCCUGAUAAGAUCAGGGUUGCUUCCGGUAGACGUCCCGUGGCCAUGGCCACUGGUGUUAUAGACCGAACUUAUAAGGCCGGACAACCUCAGAAGCAGGUUCUUGUUGUUGUUACUUCAGGUUGGUCUGUCAUGUGUUUCGACCAUAAUCUCAAAAAGUUAUGGGAGAAUAAUUUGCAGGAAGAUUUUCCCCAUAAUGCACAUCAUAGGGAGAUAGCGAUUUCGAUAAGCAAUUACACCUUGAGGCAUGGGGAUUCAGGUUUAGUCAUUGUUGGUGGGAGGAUGGAAAUGCAGCCCCAUAUAUACCUAGAUCCUUUUGAAGAAAUUGGGAUGGCUGAACGAAAUGCUGAGCAGCAUAGAAGAAGUGCGAAUGAAAAGGAGGCUUCUGAGAACUCUGGAACUGUUAAUUUACGUCAUUUUGCUUUUUAUGCAUUCGAUGGACGAAAAGGUGGACUUCGGUGGUCUAGAAAGAAUGAGAAUGUUGAAGAACAUUCUUCAGAUCCAUCACAGCUAAUUCCACAACAUAACUACAAGCUCGAUGCGCAUGCUCUGAACAGUCGUCAUCCUGGUGAGUUUGAAUGCAGGGAAUUCAGAGAAUCAAUCCUUGGAGUUAUGCCACAUCAUUGGGAUAGGAGAGAAGAUACAUUGUUGAAGUUGUCACAUUUCAAGCGGCAUAAGAGGAAAACAUUGAAAAGAGUACCUGGAAAGUCGACAACCUAUCCUUUUCACAAGCCUGAGGAGCACCAUCCUCCAGGGAAGGAUGAAACAAAAAAAAUUUCAAACUUGAUUGGAAAAGCUGCGAAGUAUGCCAGUUCAGCAAAAUCUAAGAAGCCAAUGUCUUAUAUUCCAACCAUAACAAACUACACACAGCUCUGGUGGAUUCCUAAUGUUGUUGUGGCCCAUCAAAAGGAAGGGAUAGAAGCUGUUCAUUUGGCAUCUGGUCGAACCAUAUGCAAGCUUCAUCUUCAAGAAGGUGGCCUUCAUGCUGAUAUUAAUGGGGAUGGAGUCCUAGAUCAUGUACAGGCUGUUGGAGGAAAUGGGGCUGAGCAGACUGUUGUAAGUGGAUCAAUGGAUGUUCUGCGACCUUGUUGGGCUGUGGCAACCUCUGGAGUGCCUGUUCGAGAACAACUUUUUAAUGCUUCAAUAUGUCAUCAUUCCCCUUUCAAUUUAUUCCAACAUGGAGAGUUCUACAGAAAUUUUGGUCGAAGUACAGAUGUUGCCUCUUUAGAAGUGGCCACACCGAUUCUCAUUCCUAAAAGUGAUGGGCAUAGGCAUCGUAAGGGGAGUCAUGGUGAUGUUAUUUUCUUAACAAAUCGAGGAGAGGUAACUGCAUACUCUCCUGGCUUGCACGGGCAUGAUGCUGUUUGGCAAUGGCAGCUCUUGACAGAUGCUACAUGGUCAAAUCUUCCCUCUCCUUCAGGGAUGAUGGAAGGUGGUACAGUGGUUCCAACCCUGAAGUUGAUCUCAUUGCGAAUGCAUGACAAUCAGCAAAUGAUCCUUGCAGCAGGAGACCAAACAGGUGUAAUUAUUUCUCCCGGAGGUAGUAUAUUAACAUCAAUCGAUCUUCCUGCUCAACCCACCCACGCCCUGAUCUCUGAGGAUUUUUCAAACGACGGGCUCACCGACCUCAUUCUCGUGACCUCCAGUGGCGUGUACGGUUUUGUCCAGACCAGGCAGCCGGGUGCCCUCUUCUUCAGCACACUGGUUGGCUGCCUCUUACUUGUGAUGGGAGUAAUCUUUGUCACUCAACACCUGAACUCAAUAAAGGGAAAACCUCGUGCUUCAUCUGGCCCUCGGUGAAAAGCAGUCGUUAUAUGUCCAGAGGCAUGACAACCGUGUAGAUCAUAAGACAUGGAUGGAAAAGGAAAAAAAGGCUAUAAAAGUUCUAAUUCUCCGGGAAUAGGAAGAAGAGAUCAAAGAUUCAUGUAGACAUGGAUUUAGAGGGGCAAGCUCAUGUAACUAUUACAAGUUCGAGAAAAGUUUUAAUUUUGUUCUUAUUGAAAAUUUUAAUUAAUAUUAAUUUUAAUUAA